AAACUGAGAAGAAUUAAGCAGUUAGGAGAUGAUUAGAAUACAAGUGGUGGUACAUGAUUCUCAGGGAUUAACUUCCAAACAUCAGACCUCAUUAAUCUGUAGUGAUGACAGCAUUUUGAACCCCACCCUUCUUGGAAUUUUAUCGGGGCUGAGUCCUUCUCUGUGAUGGACUCCACAUUAUGGAAUGCUGUCCCCAGCUCAUCCUGACUUCGUGAUUACAAGUACUGAUAAUCAUAUAAAGAAAAUGUAGAGAUAAUGAAAUGGCAGAAUAAAAAUGUCUGCUGAGUUAGCAGACUGCAGAACAUGGGGAUUCUUCCAGAAGAGGUGAUGGACAAUAAUACUUUGAACUGCACCAUUAAUCAUAGUAUACAUCAGAUGUUGUCACCUGUGAUAUAUAUACUUGUCUUUGUAGUAGGACUCCCAGCCAAUUGUCUCUCAUUGUACUAUGCCUACUUGCAAGUUAAGGUCAAGAAUGAACUAGGAAUAUACCUUUGCAAUUUAACCAUAGCAGAUCUGCUUUACAUUUUCUCACUACCCUUCUGGCUCCAGUAUGUUUUGCAGCAUGACAACUGGACUUAUGAUGAACUCUUAUGCAAAAUUUGUGGCAUCCUCCUUUAUGAAAAUAUCUAUAUCAGUGUGGGCUUCCUCUGCUGCAUCUCCAUUGACCGUUACCUUGCCGUGGUGCAUCCUUUUCGUUUCCAACAGUGUCGUACAAUGAAGGCUGCUAUGGUGGUGAGCACUGUCAUCUGGACUAAGGAAAUUGUGACCUGUUGGCUGGUUUUCACACAUGGAGAAGUGAGUAAAGACUUGGAGAGCCACAUAGUGUGCUUUGAGCAUUAUCCCAUAAAAAGCUGGGAACACAACACAAACUUUUACCGUUUCACAGCUGGUUUCCUAUUUCCAUUUUGCCUCCUUAUUUUUUCCUACUAUGGAAUUCUACGCGUUGUCCGGAAGAGUCACGGCACUCAGAAAAAGAGGAAAAUUCAAAUUAAACGCCUAGUUUCAAGCACAAUCUUAAUUUUCUUAAUUUGCUUUGGACCGUAUCAUGUUCUUUUGUUAAUACGCAGUAUAUUUGAGAACAGCUGUGACUUUGCUGCCAGAAUAUUUAACGUCUACCAUAUUUCUCUUUUGUUAACCACUUUUAAUUGUGCUGCAGAUCCCAUACUAUAUUGCUUUUCAAGUGAAAAUACCUACCAGGAUUUUGCCAAAAUAGGAGGCUCUUGUUUAAAAUGUCUAAGAUGUAUGCCAAUAGAAACCAAGGAAUCCUACCCAUUAAAUACUCCAGAAACCAUGAAAAAAGACAGGGAACAGGCUGAUCUGAACACAGGAUUUAUUAAAUGAACACCAUGUUGUUCAUAAGAUAGAAGAAAUAUGAACAGAGUCUCCCCUCCCCCAAGUAGUGAUGUAAACUCUCCAUGGAUGGAUUUGCUCACUUCACUUUUUUACAUCUGAAUAUGUACUGUAUGAGAAUCAUUAUAGCCUGUAAAAUGGCUCAUAAUUUAAAAAUACAGUUAAAUAUGCUACACUGGCAUUCUUUCCACAUGGGGAAUUCCUUACUUCCUUUAAAAUAAUAAACUUUAUUCAAUUCAGAACAUCACUCCAAUGUGUUAGUUAUGUAAAAUAGAUUAACUUUGAAGUUUAUUUUAUAAGCUAUUCAGACUCAUACUCUGGAUAAAAAGUAAUAUUCUAGAUUUAAAUCAUCUAUUCUUGAUAAGUAGGUAUCAAAGCAUUACAUUUUUAUGAUCAUGUGUUAAGUCUAGCAAAUAAUGUAUGUCAGAACAUUUGAAAUUUUUCAGAUCCCUUCUACCACAUGAGUUAAACAAACAAGAGUUAUCUGGUUCACACAUUGUACUUAAUCCACUGGCAGUCUUUGCAAAAACUAGCCAGACCACUUUUUACCCCAGCAUCUUGUGAAAACCCAGCUUAUGUGGUUAGUUUAGGGUUAGGAGUGUCAUGCAAACCCAGACAACUAGGUUAAUUUUAAUAAGCCAUGAUUAGGUCAAU